AAUGAUAGUUGACCCUAUUUACAACUGCAUAAAACCCCGAUUCAUUCAUCUAGCGCGAAACCAUACAACUUCUCUCUCAAAAUACUCAUGUCAGAGGCCACGUCAACAAGUGCCAGUGCCGUCGCCGGAGCCUCGCCGGAAGACAUACUCCGGCUUCCGACCGCCAUGAUUUCCGGCGACCUCAGCGACUCCUCCGUCUCCUCCAGUAUCACUCGGGCCUUCCAUUUUUCUUCUGGAAACCCUAGAAUCGAAGAGACCAGAGGUGUCAUGCACCUCUACCGCGAUGACUUCGCAUCUUCGUCUUCUGAACUACCUGUUGGAAGGAAAACUCUAGUUUGUGUGCUAGGAGUGCCAAAUCACAUGACAUAUGCAGAUUUCUGUCAGUUUUGUGGCUCAUUCAUUCAACAUAUGUUGGAAAUGCGAAUUGUCAGGAAUGAUGGAGUAGAGGAUAAGUAUAGUGUCUUGAUAAGGUUUGAUGAUCAGAACUCAACCGAUGCUUUCUACAAGCAUUUCCAUGGGAAACGUUUUUCCUCUCUUGAGGUGGAGGCUUGUCAUGUACUUUUCACAGUUGAUGUGCAGUACACCGGUUCAAUAGAACAUGCACAGACUUCCCUUGCAAGCUGUACAGAGCAGCCCACAUGUCCAGUCUGUCUUGAGAGGCUGGACCAAGACAUGAGUGGAAUUCUCACAACUAUAUGCAAUCAUUCUUUCCACUGCUCUUGUAUUUCUAAAUGGACAGAUUCUUCUUGUCCGGUAUGCCGAUAUUGCCAGCAGCAGCCUGAAAAAUCAGUCUGUUUUGUUUGUCAAACUUCUGAGAAUCUCUGGAUUUGUGUUAUUUGUGGUUUUGUUGGUUGUGGAAGGUAUAAAGAAGGGCAUGCUAUUACACAUUGGAAAGAAACACAGCACUGCUACUCUCUUGAAUUGGAAACACAACGUGUGUGGGAUUAUGUUGGAGACAACUAUGUUCACCGUUUGAUUCAAUCUAAAACUGACGGGAAGUUGGUUGAGUUGAAUCACUAUUGUGCACAUACUGAUGAUGGUGAUGGUAGUUGCAACUGUACUGUAGAUCCUGGAUUUAGUGAGGCUUUAUUGAACAGUAAAGUUGAAAAUAUUGUCAAUGAGUACAAUGACCUUCUUACUACCCAACUUGAGAACCAAAAGAUAUAUUUUGAGUCUUUACUACGAGAAGUUGAGGAAGAAACUGAAAGAGAAAUAUCUGAAGCUGUUGAGAAGGCUGUCAGUGGCAGUCAGAAAUUGCAGAAGAUGCAAUCCAAGCUGGAUAAAUGUGUGAAAGAAAAGAAAUUUCUUGAUGAGAUCAAUGAGAAUCUUUUGAAAAAUCAGACGAUAUGGAAAGCAAAGAUGGUGGAAAUUGAAGCAAGGGAGAAGAAGGCUUUAAGGCUGAAGGAUAAUAAAAUACGACAACUGGAGGAACAGCUUAGAGAUUUGAUGGAGCACCUCGAAACAGGGAAUACAGAGGAACAGCUACCAGAAUCAAACGAAAUCAAUGAUAGCAGUACAUUGCGAACGCAAGUAGAGUACUCUUCGAGUAGUAGCACUGAAGGGCCCCGAAACAACUGAUGCUCUAAUAAGUAUCUGAGGGUGCAUUAUUCUUGAAAAAUCACAUAUGUAGUCUUGCGAAGCUUUGAUUUAUUAAUUUAGGUUAGUGCUGUCUUAGUAUAGCUGAUGAAUAUAUUAACCAUCAUUUGUUGUAUAGCUAACUCUUAACUCUGAUGGUUUCAUUAGAUAUCUUACCACUAGAAUUUCUCUUUUUUUCUGAUCUAGCUACACCACUACCACGAACCCUAGUUAGAUUUUACCUUUUAGUUAUAGGGAGAAUUCAAUUACUCUCUUUUAGUUUCACGAAAACUAGUGUCAAAUUUGAUAAACGAAGUACAUUUUAAUGGGGAAUACUAUCUGUUCGAGCCUUAUUUGAUGGGAGAA